AUGCUGCUGGAAGUGGCAUUGCUUUUGUCGACUUUGGUCCUUCGAUUGGACGGCCGGUUUGUGGAAAUCAGCAAACAGCCACCCGGAACCGUAGCGAUAGUGCCGAAUGACGAGGAUGGCGAAAGUGUUCUGCUCGGUCCGGUAUUUCACGAUUCGCAAGAACUCGACCGAGAAACGGGCAAUGAAAUGAUUUCGGUGAAACUGUUGAAUCAGUAUCGCACGAGAUCGAUCGAUAACCAGCAGGGCGAUACUGACACGAUCCUUGUUGGCGAUGGAGCUCGAUCGAGACCGACGUUAUUGGAUUAUGACAACGCAAACCACCUGGAGGGAAAUGGAAACGAUUUGAAUCCACCCUACUUCCAGCAACCGCCUGUCGAAGCCGAAGAAAUCGAUAUGAAAGAAAACGGUAUAGAGGACGAUUUGGUGCCAACUGAACCGAUCCUUGAUACGCGUUUGCUCGAUGCUUGGCCACAGUUGGCCAUUACUGGCAACAGUGUUAUGGAUUCUGGUAACGAGAAUAAUUCCCCUGACAGUAUCGGGUCGAAAUCGACAACGCUAACUACGAUGACCACUAGUACGACAACGAGAACGACAACCGUUCGCAAGAUACAGCGUAAGACGCGUCAACAGGUGCUAACUACUUUGAGAAACGUUCCGCAGAGUACUAGCACACAAAGAUCCACUCAAGGUAGAGCAACUUCAGUACCACGGCCAACGCCUACGAGUCAUAGACCUCAAGUUCCCAGAAUAGAUAUCUCUAAGCUAAAUCUUGAGCAUCUCGAAAGCGAACUGGUAGCUUUUCCAACGCUGAUUCCUCCGCAAGCUUUGGCGUACAGCUCCAGUUCAUCUUCCACCAGACUGCUACCGAGAAGCAUCAAACCGGAACAAGCACCGGCGUGUGGUUGUCAGCACAGAAAACGGUCCGUUCGGAGGAGUCAGCACUCGUCGGAAGAAUUUGGAGAUCCCGCCGGUGAUUAUGAUGAUUACGAUUACGAUUAUAACGACUUGCGCAAGGUGUCCGUGAAUAAGCCACUGGCUAGCAGACCGAUGUUCCUGCCGGCCAUGUCCCGGCUACUUGCACCAGGAUCUGCUGAGCCGCUCGAAAGUAGCAUUGAAAGGGCGGAAAAGGUACACGGUACGUUGGAAAGGCUUAUGGGAAUUGUGACGAUCUUUUCGCACGUAGAUGAAUUCAUACAGAAAAAGACGAAACAGUCCAUACGACGUUUGGCGCGUUUGUAUGAAAGCGAAGAGUUUGACUAG